AUGAACGAUAUCUUUAACGUCCAAAUCUUCUUUGUGGUGUUUAGAGAGGCACUUGAGGCUGUUAUUGUUGUUUCUGUCCUUUUGGCUUUUGUUAAACAAUCCAUUGGUAACAAGUCUCCAGAAGUUACCAAGAAACUCGUUCGUCAAAUUUGGAUUGGCGCCUUUUCCGGUAUUUUCAUUUGUCUUGCUAUUGGUUGUGCAUUUAUUGGUGCUUACUAUUCAUUGAAGAAUGACAUUUGGUCAAGAUCAGAAGAUCUCUAUGAAGGUAUCAUGUGUAUUAUUGCAACCAUCUUGAUUACAGGUAUGGGAGUUGCAAUGUUAAGAAUCAAUAAAAUGCAAGCCAAAUGGAGGGUGAAAAUCGCUAGAGCUUUGGUGACCCCUCCUGCUGAUAAAAAGGAUAGACUGAAAUGUGGUUAUAUCUUGAAGAAAUAUUCCAUGUUUAUUUUGCCAUUCAUCACUACUUUGAGAGAAGGUCUUGAAGCCGUAGUCUUUGUUGGUGGUGUCGGUAUUGGCUCCCCUGCUAAAUCUUUCCCCCUUCCCGUGGUUUGUGGAUUGAUUGCUGGUGCUUUAGUGGGGGGUUUUAUGUAUUUCGGUGGUUCAACAAUCUCCCUACAGAUUUUCCUCUGUAUUUCAACGGCAAUUCUUUAUUUAAUUUCAGCAGGGUUAUUCUCAAGGGGGGUUUGGUUUUUCGAAAACUACAUGUACAAUAGGAAAACUGGUGGUGACGCUGCAGAAAAUGGCUCUGGUCCAGGCACUUAUGAUAUUUCCAAAUCGGUAUGGCAUGUUAACUGUUGUAACCCAUUAAAAGAUUCGGGAUGGGACGUUUUUAACUCCUUAUUGGGCUGGCAAAACUCGGCCACUUAUGGCUCGAUCCUCUCCUAUAAUCUUUAUUGGCUUGCUAUGAUUAUCACCUUGGUCUUGAUGAUGUAUGAGGAGAGAAAUGGCCAUUUGCCCUUCUUCAAGAACUUGACCUUGAGGCAACUCAAUCCAAUGUAUCACAUCAAAAAUAAAAAGAAGAAUGAACUAUCCCACGAAGAAGAGGCACGCUUGUUCCACCAAGCGCAAGCUCAAUUAAACAAGAGAGUCUCGGAGGAUUCUGAACAUUUGGAAGCAGAACCAGUACUUCAAGAGGGGAGCUCAAAGGAGGCCACUAUUAAAGAGUCCACAGUCCCUAUUGUAAUCCGUGAAUAG